CAACUUGACACUCCAUUUCAGAUUUAAAGAUUUCUGUCUUUUCCAUACCUAGAGGCUAGAAUGGAGGAUUCUAAUCCAAGCGAUGAUGACGGAUCCUCCUUAGAGAGUUGUGUAGUCAAGAAGGAGUAUAUCAAUCCAACGUUGAUAGACUCUGAUGUAGAGUGUAUCGAUCUAUCCGACGACGAUGAUUCUGAGAUUGGUGAAAAAACUGCUACAACUACAACAACUAGCAGUAGUCUUUACUCUGCUAGUUUAGACUCAGAGAGUUCCUCUGACUCUGAACCGGUCCUGAAAACUGGACAGAAAAGAUCUCGAAAACAUGUCGACUAUUCUGAGACAUUUAAAAAAACUAGGCCAGAAGACGGGACCUCGACACCAAAGAAGAAUACUGGAUCGAAGUGUCGAGUUUGCGGCCAGAACUUUAAUAACAUACUCGAUUAUUUUCCACCAGACUCAGCCUCUACUGAGGCUAAAAACUUAAAGAACCCUGACCUGACUAUCCCUGACUUGGAAGAACAGCAUUUUCUUCUCAAUAACUUCACUAUAUACGACAGUAAUCAUCAUCUUGUUUGUCUCUCCCUGGAGUCUCUCAGACAAAUGAAGGGAAAAUUCUUUUUUACUGGAGAAGUAUCUAAAGUAGGAGAUUACGAGUCGGAGGGAGUUAUGACUAUGUCGAAUAAGAUCUAUGCUCACUAUAUAAACCAUAGUCUGGGGUUCCAGAUUAUCCUGGAGACCCAGGUUGGAGAUGAGAAGGUUCUCUAUUCCUUGAAAAAUCCCAGCUCCGUAUACACAGCCAUCUAUUCAGAGUAUAGACGUGAAGCUCUUUUCGGCCAUAUCAUCAUAAAAAAAAUUGAAUCUGCUUUCAAUGAUGAGAAUCAGCUUGAGUUUGAGGAGUUGGUUGAGGAGAUUGCCGAGCUUACAGACUGGGAGGGAUCCAAGAUCGACCCUGUUUACAGCGUGGAUGAUUUUACUAACUAUGCUUCUCUGGUUGCAGAUCAUCUCGUCUCCUAUCAUAACGCAGAGGUGGAUGAUGAUGAUAAUCUUUCAUUUACUGAUAUCCCAGCAGCUAGACAUAUCCUUGAACAGGCAGGAUAUCAAGAUUUCAGUGGUAAGAAGGUUGAAUCUGGAGAAAGGACGAAAGGCAGGAUAACGAAGGAGCCGGUUAAAGAAGAACAUCAGCCCUUGUUUGCUACUAAACUAGUGUCGAGGCUGUUUGAAGAUAUCUUCAAAGAGGAGAUCCUCAUUAAUCCAGAACCCGGGGAGGUAGCAAGAAGAAGGUCGGUAGACAGCUCUGAAGACGAUGAAACCAGUAGCUUGACAGUUAAACCUGGUCCAUCCCUCAUGGUAAAGGAUGACAAAGUUUACUAUCAGUUCGCGGAGCUAUUAGACGAAGACGGAGAUCUUAAGUAUACAGUCUACCCUAGUUCCUUUAUACAAUUUGUGCUGAAGGGGGUUACAGCUGUAGGACAGGUCAUCGAUAUAUUCAAGAAAAACAAGGAGAUCUGGGUGCACACCCAGGCUCUAGAGGGGGACAAUACGCUCCUGGGGAACACCAGGAACUCCAAGGAACUCUUCAAGAUCAAGAUGUGCGAUGUAUUCGAAAUGAAUCUUAUUACCAAAAUAGUUGAUGUUCAUCACAGAACUAGUAAGGAUGGGUUGAAGCUGAGUAGAGAAGGAGUUUACUGGAGAUAUAUUCAUGAUCCAGUAUUUGGCAGAUUCGAAUAUCCUAACAACGAGGAGAUAAAUCCCACGUGUUAUUGUAAAUCUGCUUCGGAUCUUGGUCUCCCAGAUCUUCUUACGCUGCGGCAAGGAGGUCUUCAUCUUGAGAUAGGAGAUCUGAUCAUUAAGAUAAAUGACUUUAUUUAUCUCGAGGAUACAGCAAGGAAGCUGCUAAACUUGGAAUAUUUCUACGGUGAUGCUGUAGAACUCCCUGCAGUCGUGUACCGAACUAAAUCUGUAUAUCCGCGCAAGCAAAACACCUUCAAUCCUUUAAUCAUUGUUCAAGUCAGGGCAAUAGGAAAAGAGCGUAUUCAAAUCUGUGUUCUGUACAGACCUGAGAAUACAAAGAUGUCACAUGAAGAGUCGAGGCGAAAACCCAUAUCGGAACUUUAUGUUUCGACUGAAGAAAUUUGGAUUGAAAAGUCAAAGCUCCGCAAGAUCUUGAUCUUUACCUGUCAACCCAUUGUUGUAUACGGCAGCGACCAGGAGAAACUGGAGAGCUGGAGUUACCGAGAUCAACACCGGUUCUUCGUUAUGUCGAAAUAUAACAACAGAACAGGGAAGAUUUCUGAGUUGACGGAGAGCGAGGCAAGUAAGAAGAAGAUUCCUUUAAUAUUUCCUGAUCCUGUACCUACACCGUUCAAGCCACUACGUACCCUUGAUAUUUUCGCAGGAGCAGGAGGACUCUCUAAAGGUUACUUCAAGGGACAGUAAAGGAAAAAUGAAAGG